GAGGGGGCCUUGACCAUGGCUCAGGACCACUCUGUCUUGGGACUCCAGCUUUGCUUCUCCUUUUUGUUUCUGCUCCUCCAGCUCCUUCUCUCCACGAUGGCCGAGUUCUCAGCGGACGAGAUUGCGGACUUCAAGGAGGCUUUCGGCCUCUUCGACAGAGUCGGUGACAGCCAGGUGGCCUUCAACCAGGUCGCUGACAUCAUGCGCGCUCUGGGCCAGAACCCCACCAACAAGGACGUCGUCAAAAUCCUGGGCAGCCCUACCGCCGACGACAUGGCCAACAAGAGGAUCAACUUCGAGGCUUUCCUGCCCAUGCUGAAGGAGGUCGAUUCCCAGCCAAAGGGUUCCUACGACGACUACGUUGAGGGUCUGCGCGUCUUCGACAAGGAGGGCAACGGCACAGUCAUGGGCGCUGAGCUGCGUAUCGUGCUGUCCACCCUGGGAGAGAAGAUGACCGAGCCCGAGAUUGAGGCCCUCAUGACCGGCCAGGAGGACGAGAACGGCAGUGUGCACUAUGAGGCUUUCGUCAAGCACAUCAUGUCUGUGUAAGAGGCCGGCAGUAGGAGUGUUGAAGAAACAGGACAUCUAUACUAUACCAAAGACCAACCAAGGAAAGACAAGGACUAUGUACAAGGGAUGUUGAAGCAAACCCAUCUUGUUGUUUAUUUUGUUUUUCUUUCCAUUUCGUCUCAAACCCUCCUCUCUCGGGACACCACCACCACCUCUCAGUUGUAGACCACCCCUCACUCGGCCUCUACUCCACCCCGGGGCGCGUCUCCACUCGCCGCAUGGGGUGAGGAACGGGGGAGAAGGGAUGACCGCUCAUCAAGUGAGGGUAGAUCCCUCCCUUCCCACCGCCACCUCAUUUCAGUCACGCCAUCACUGGCCCAGCAGUGCCAAAGGUGCUGGAGAACGGACGUGGAUAGACCGCCAAAAGUCUCCCACCUCCCUGAAAAGUUUUAUUUAUUGUCACCUUGUUCAUCUCAGAAUAAACUUUUCCAACGUACAUCCCA